CAGAGCGGCUGGCAGAGGCAGAGCCGCCGGCCAUGGGACAGCGGUGGCAGCCGCAGCGCCCCGCCGCCAGCCCCGAGCUGCCCGCCGCCCCGCCGCUCCUCCUCCUCAUCCUCAUCCUCCUCCUCCUCCUCGCUGCCGCCCUGCCUGCUGGACAAGGUGCACCAAUGCCAUCCCAAGCACUUGUAUCAGAUGAGGAUUUGCAGCUAUUGAAAGAGAUAGAUGAUGCAUGUUCUGCUUACCUGUCCACAGAUUCUCAGCCUCAGGUGCCCAGUACACUAGAAGAACUUUGUUUUUUGGUCAUGGGAUUUCUCCAGAAAGCACAGGGUUUAGAUGAGAAAGACAACACCAAAAGGUUCUUAUUUCAUUAUUCUAAGACUCAUGACUCGGGCAACUCAGACAUCAUGUCGUCUGUCCUGCAUCCCUUACUGCAACUCGUUCCCCAGCUUAAUGAGAGAAGAAUGAAGAGAUACAAAGUGGACGAAGAACUUCAAGGACCUGGAGUGAUUCAAAGCAGAGGCUACUUUUUCUACAGGCCACGUAAUGGAAGGAGAUCAGUGGAUUUUCGUUAAGGAGGCUUAUAGAUUCCUGACUUAGAACUAAACCUGCAGAAAUACUGAGUACAUGGACAUCCUGUUUUCCUUACAAUAAUUAUUUGUUAUUAAUGUACAAUUAGAAAUCACUUGAAUGUAAAUAUUCCUAAACCAGAUUCAGUUAAGAAGGUCUUUCCUAUCUCGAUUAUAUUAAAAGCAUAUUAAAAUUAUUUGUUUCCUAGUGUUAUGAUGUUUACAACCACAUGUAAUUCAACUGUAAGAGAGUCAGUGUUUGCAUGCAACAGACAUUGCCUCUAACAACCCUGUUAAGCAAAUUUUCCCUUCUAAAUAAAGGCCCUCAGCCAGACAGUUGUUUUAAUGAGAAUGUUUGCAAUCAAGACUACUAUGUUUUUUCCAGAAUACAUUGUGAUUUUUUGUGUGUUACAUUAUCUGAGAAAAAAAAAAAAGAUGAGAAUCCCUUUUCCCUUAAUAAAAGGAACCUGAACAAGUUGCAUGUUUUGAAGAAAUAUUAUUACUUUAAUUCAACUAAAAUAUAAAGGCAUCCUUUUUUAGUUAUUAAGAUCACUGAUGCACUAUGGUUCUCAUUUAGGAGAAGACUCAAUUGCAACUGGGAUCACAAUUCACUUGAAAACUCAAGUGCUUUUGAUGGAGACUGAAAGUAGUUUCUCUACUGAGAAACUCAAGUUAGCUCGACAAUCUUCCCAGCUUCUCCUACGAGUUUAUUUUCACAUCAAAAUUGUAUUAAAAUAUGUUGUUGAAAUUGUAAUUAUAUUGAAAGUAACUAAUCACUCAGAACUAGAUGAUCUUUAAGUCCCUCCCAACCUAAACCAUUCUGUGCUUCUAUGAUUCAGUUUAGAGGUGGGCUAAAGUUUUAAACAUUCUCUUGGUAGGUCAUGGUUUGAAUUGCCCUCAGCAUUACUGCUCUUGCUUCUGAACUUUUGAAUGAGCAAUGAAACUUCACAAGGUAGUUGAAAAAAUUACAGCCUCAGAGGAAGACAGAUUGAGAAAACCUUUUCCUCUUCUUGCCCACUUGUUUUUGUUCUGCAUUUCAAUAAUUAACACUUCUUAUUAAAAAAAUUGUUCAAUAUUUAUGGUUUAAUUUUAAUGAUUUUCACUUGAUUAUUUUAAGAAGGAUUCUAAAUUAAACAUACAGUGCAGAUAGUGACAAGCAGUAUGACAUCUAAGAUGUACAAAUAACUAACAUAAUUUCAUGAGGGAGCCAGUCAGUGUAAGGAAUAUUACCUUUCUGAAUUAUUGGUAGCAAUCCACUCCUGUAUUUCUGUAUUUUUUUCUUUUUCCCCCCUCUCUUACCCAGAGUUAUGGCAAAGUUAACUAAUUUCUGAAACAAAUACAUACUUUUCUUUAAUUAGUUUCACAUCUGCUUAUUACUUUUCAUAUAUUUAAAAUGUUUGGUGACUCUAGAGAACAAAAGGUGGACUUCUUUUAUUUGUUUAUUUGCUUAUUUUGGUUUGGGGUUUUUGUGUUUAUAGUGAAACCAUAUGAAUGAAUCUUGAAGAACUAAAGGAAGCUGAAGAUGGCUUUGAUGAGACUGAUAGGAAAG